UUCCCAGCGUCGUCAGGCCAGCAAGAGGGACAAACGGAAGGGACAAGUCGUAGUAGAAGUGGGAGGAGUCUGUUUGUUGACAUCAGACCCAAAACCAAUACAUCAGAUGAACGACGACUGGCGAUAAUAACUCCAUUUAUCGCCGCUUUCGAGACGUAACACCUUGGCGAAGAGCUAAGGUAGAGCUCUCCACGGCGGCUCGUCCGCGUUCCCAGCACUGACUUGACUCUUGGCGGCGUUUUCACGCGGGUUUGUACGUAGCGUGUUAGCCACAUCGGCUAAGUUUGCUAACAUUGCAGGGAAAGUCAUCGCUAGCCGGACAGCUAACACAAGCUGCAACACACCGCUGCUCUGCCCUGCCGGCUACUGCCAGCAUAACUUAGACUAACAACUUCUACUUCUAUUGGGGGAGAAUUGUGAACAAGUAGGUUCCCUGCGCUGCCAAGUGUUGGAUCUGAGCUACCGAAGAGGCAAACAUGGCAGCCAAGGCAGGAGACAACCCAGACAGCCUCAUGACUUUGGCAACCGUGUUCUGCUUGAGGAACCUAAAAAAGACCAUGUGCUAUCAGGGUUUGAGGAAUAAGCUUUGCCUGCGCUCUGACAUCUUUCUUCCGAGUGAAAUCUGUGACAAAUUGGUUAACGUAUACAUGGAUCUGGUCCACACAGACAGUAACUUCGAACCAAAGGAGAGCUUCUUCCAACUUUUUGCAGACCCACGGAGCACCAGGCUGACCAGGAUACAGCUAAAGGAAGAUAUCGUCUGUGACAGAGACUUGGAAGCCAUUAAAAAACAGGACCUGAUUGAGCUUCAUCUUAGCUACUGCAACAGUCUGUCAUCCCGCAGCCUAAAAACAUUGACAUGCUUCCGUGAGACGUUGGUCUCCCUUUGUCUUUUUGGCUGCAGUCUCAUCUUCUACAGGAAGGGCGGUGCCCCACUUGCCUUCAAUGAAGAUACUGAGGAUGAGGGGGAGAGCCCUAUUUCUAGGCAAGCAUUAGAGACUGACUUUAACUUCCAGGGGUUCAACCGCCUACGAUUGCUCAACUUGGGUGGCCUACCAGAUGAGGUGGAUGCGGAAAACCUGCUUAAACCCUUGAAGUCACUCAGCUCACUAGAUCUGUCUAAUGUUCACUUACUGGGAACAGCUUUUCUAACUCAGUGGAAAGACAGACUAGCAUAUCUUGUUCUCUACAAUGUGGAUCUUUCAGAGGAGUUGGUCAAUACUGUGGAGGAACUUGUCAAUCUCAGGCAUCUUGACAUCUCACGUGAGAGCAGGAGGACCUCCAAGUUUAAGAUGAGCAGGAAAAUAUUGAGCGCUAUCGUGCAGAGACUGGUCAAUCUGAUUUCACUGGACAUCUCAGGUCACGUAAUGCUCGACAACUGCACCGUUUCGCCUUGUGAAGAAGCUAUGGGUCGACCGAGCAAUGAACCAUGCAAGAGCAGUAUCUACCCUUUCAAAGAGCUGAAGAGGCCCUUGCAGUUUUUGGGUUUAUACGACACUACCCUUUGUAAUGUGACGCACAUCCCUGCUUAUAAGGUGACUGGAUCAAAGAAUGAGGACCAGGUUCUAAAUGCUAUUGAAGCUUACACAGAGUUUCGCCCUGAGUUGGCUCAUAGAGCCAUCAAUCAACUGUUUGACAUUGCCAGGAUACAACACUGCAGCCAGCUGCUCCGAGCAUUGCAACUUGUCAUAGCAGCAUUAAAGUGCCAUAAAUUUGAUAAGAGCAUUCAGGUGACGGGCAGCGCUGCACUUUUCUACCUGACCAACACAGAAUAUCGCAGUGACCAAAGUGUGCGACUUCGCAGAGAGGUCAUUCAAGUGGUGUUAAAUGGAAUGGAGCAGUACCAGGAAGUCACUGUUCAAAGGAAUUGCUGCUUAACUUUGUGUAACUUCAGCAUUCCGGAAGAGCUGGAGUUUCAGUACAGUCGGGUAAACCAGCUGCUUCUAAAAAUCUUGGAGCCAGCAAGGCAGGACGAGUCCAUCCAGAGAAUCGCUGUGCAUCUCUGCAACGCUUUAGUUUGCCAGGUUGACAACCACCACAAGGAAGCUGUUGGAAAGAUGGGAUUUGUAAAGACAAUGCUGAACUUAAUACAGAAGAAGCUUCAGGACCGACUGUGCGACCAGGUGAUGGAGUUUUCCUGGAGUGCUCUGUGGAAUAUUACUGAUGAGACGCCUGACAACUGUCAGAUGUUCCUCAAUUGUCGGGGAAUGAAUCUGUUUCUCGAUUGUCUACAAGAGUUUCCAGACAAGCAGGAACUGCAUCGCAAUAUGCUGGGGCUUCUGGGUAAUGUUGCUGAGGUCAAAGCGCUACGGCCACAGCUCGUCACGCCACAGUUCAUCUCUGUAUUCAGUAAUCUACUAGACAGUAAGGCGGAUGGGAUCGAGGUGUCGUACAAUGCAUGUGGCGUGCUUUCCCACAUCAUGUUUGAUGGACCAGAGGUUUGGUCGAUGGAAGAGCCACUGAGGGACACAGUGAUGGACAAGAUGUGGGAUGCUAUUCAGAGCUGGGAUGUCAGCUCACGUCGCAAUAUCAACUAUAGGUCAUUUGAACCCAUACUGCGACUACUACCUCAAAGCAUCGCUCCUGUAAGUCAACACUGGGCCACGUGGGCUCUCUUCAACCUGGUGUCAGUUUAUCCAAGCAAGUAUUGUCCCCUGCUCAUAAAGGAAGGAGGAAUUUGUCUUCUGGAGAGAGUUUUGGAGUUGGAAAGUUCACACCCUGAUACUAAGGACAUGGCCCAGAAAGUCAUGGAGCAGUGUGAAAACUUCAAAGAAGAUCCAAUGGAAAUAAAUCAUGCUCAAGAGGUAAACUUGGGACAAAGAGGUUGACACGACUGGCAUUUCAGUAUCUGGCAGGCAUCAGUAAACCAACCUCAAGCUCCUCGUCAUCAACACAGUUGUCAAUGUGUGCAUUUUUCGUCUUCUUACGAUUCAUUUGUUAUGGUUGGCACAUCUGUGUCUCUAACCUUUUUUUCAGCAGUUUGGACUGAAAGAGGUUAAGACACGGUGCAUGGUGUUUCUACCUUCGCUGCUCAUAAGAGUCUUCUCAGUCGUGACUUGGGGUGUGGAUUAUGUGUGUGAAAUAUUUCUUCAUAGAACAUAGCAGCUGGAUUGAUUCUUGGUUCUCAAUGGAAGGAAAGUGGCACCUCCACAGUGCGUACCCAUUACCGUGUGGCGUUGAACAUAUGGCAAAAACCAUUGGUGCAGCGUCAGCCAUUUUCUCCUGUGUGCAGUGAUGAUGAGCCGAUAUGCAAGUAGGUUGAUGUUGGCUGGAGGGAAGUCUCUCCAUGUGUACUUUUUUGUUGUAUAUUUUGUAAAUAUAAUGUUUCCUUUUACUGUAUAUGUUUUAUAAUAUAACUGUAAACACUCAAGGCUAUACCCUCUAUUUAAAUUCUUUAGGUUUAGCUGGCAAAUGGUCAGUGUUCAGAAAGUUUAUGUAGAAAAUUAAUUCAAAUGUAACCUCAACUCCCCUUCAUAUCGUUUUAUGUAAUGCUGUCCUUUAACUACAUUCACUUAAGACACAGUGAACAGCCAUGACUGGUAAGCCAGGAGCAUAAAUUAUUCCAACAACGUAAAAGCAGAUUGUCCAUCAAUAUUAUUUAAAAAAUAUUUUGGUUUAAGACACUUUGUUUUUGUCAUGAACGGUGACACAAAUAAUUUAACAUCGACCAUUAAGAGGAAGAACUAACUGUCCAAAUACUUGGCAAGCUAAUGUCAUUAUGUUACACAUUUUACAAUGUAGAAAAACUCAUGAUAAUCAAAUCAAACACUGAGCCCCAUUCGGAAAUGCGUAAUGUAAGUUUUUAUAUAAAAUACAGUAGAAUACCAUGCUUACCUACUGAUCUAGCGCAUUCAUGUGAUACAACAAGAAACACGAACAUUCAACCUCUGAUUGUUUUCUUUAUACCAACAAAACACACUUUAUUUAGUGCUGUCAGGCGAUUAAGAUAUUUAACCCGCUGGGGAAUUUAAAUUUCAAUUAACGUACCUUUAAAGACAAAGGUUGUAAAAAAAAAAAAAAAAAACAUUGAUAUGUUGUCUUUUUUCUUUUUUUUACUUUUUUUGCGCAAAUGUCUCUCAAUAAACUUUAGUCCUAAAAAAAAAAAAUCGUGCAAGUGAUGUUUUAAAUUUUGUAUUUGACCGUUGUGAAAGCCUUGUGGUCAGAUAAUGUCUCAGGCUUGCGUUAGUAAAACUACACGUUGAGCAAAUGUGUACCAAUUGAAAACGGUUACAUAAUUUGAUCAAAAGGCUUUUAAACAGUUAAAUAAAUGCCCUUUGAAAAAUGAAAGACUCGGCGUAUUGUUGAAUAACUCUGUAUUGUACACCUCUAAAAGAAUUAGACAUUUAAAUGUAAGAAUAUAUAUAUAUAUAUACUGUAUAUAUAUGUGUGUGUGUGUGUGUGUAUAUAUAUAUAUAUAUAUAUAUAUAUAUAUAUAUAUAUAUAUAUAUAUUCACAUAAAUGGAGAAUACAAAAUUAAACGUUUUAAAAUACUGUAUAGAGUUUUGAUUUAGUGGGAUGUGAUCCGAUUUGAUCCAAUCCACUUUGCUGAAAUACGACGCAAUCUGGUACAGUUCACUGUUUAAAGAAGACUUUCAUUUUAUACUUUAAAUGAUCCUAGAUCUAUAAACGUUGCACUGUUCAACUUCAUCUUUUUGUGUUGCUUUUGACAUGACGUAGAGAAGUAUGUUGUUUAGUUUAUUACUGUAUUGCAUUUACCCUCUUACAAAGAGUAAGCAAACGGACUAGUUUGUUGUGCACAAUGUCUGGCCUUACGAAAAGCAAGAUGGCACAUGACAACCAAGGGAAACUUUUGGCAGCAUCUUCAUCAGAAAUCUAAUCAUGCGAAGUUGGAUGGUCAAAAACUGAGGUGAAACACUCAUUUAAUUACAGAGCUUUUGAAUGUAUUUGGCAGGGAGUACACGUUUUUAGGUAUGUAAGUCACUGUCAUUUGAUUUUAGUUUAAAUAAAACUUUUUAAACCGUUUUAUUUGUGGAAUACUACUUGUUCCCUCAGACAUUGAUGAAUUAUUAUUCAUAUAUACAAUCUUACUGAUUUUCCUAAAAACUACUGGGUGUGAGUAUUUAGUAUUUAUGUGCAGCACUCAAACUAAUCCAUCCGGCUUUCAAAGUACCAUUUGCAGGCCACAUAUCUCUUUUUUAUCAUCCUGCGGCUUAUUCUACAGAAAUAAGAAAAUAACCUGCAUUAGAACAAGAAAAAGAAAAACUGGCCCAAAUCUACACUUCAGGAGGUGCUGCUGAGCAGGGGCUAAGGUCUGUGGCCUCUUAAUAUAUCUUCAGUUUUGCACAUACUAGAAAGAUUUGAUAAGGUGUCAAUUAUGUUAACGCUUUUUAAAAAAAGGUAAAUAAGUUGGAUAGCGAUCUCAAAGUCAAAAAAAAUAGCAAUUCAAAAUGUUGUCCUUUCUGCAUGUCAAUAUUCAGAUUAUUGCCACUGAUAUUAAUAGCAGCUGAUAUGCUUCAGUCUACAGUCUACAUUUAAAUGCACUUCCAGACCUGGCAACCUCGACAACAUUUUAUCAAUACUUACUCCUUAGACACCCUGAUUUUUGUAUGUUUUUUUAAACAUUUGUUAUUGAAUUUUGACCCACAAAACAGGAUCAAUCAAACACAUCAAAUGCCUUUCUAACCACCUCCCACCAUGCGCAUCCUCUCCCCACAAGAAAAACUUUCACGUCUACACUACAUUAAGCAGCUAUGAAAAAACAAACUGCACAGGGGGGUUGGAAAUGUGGUUAACAAGUGAAGUGCACUAAUGUAAAUGUUCAAAAGAAAAAAAGACCAUAUGGUUACAAGUUAUUAUUAGCAAAGAGCACUUAUACGCACUCAAAUAGUAGUCAAGGCAGAACCAAAUCAAAAGCCAAGGCAAGACUUCCACAAAUGCUAAUAGUAGUUCUAUUAAUAAAAGUGAGCCAAGAGCAAACCCGUUAGCAUCACUAUCUGCGUGAGGAAGAACAAGUCCAAAAAGUAUCUACAAAACUCAAAACCAGUGAAGGUGUCACAGUGUUUGAAUCGUAAAUAAAAACAGAAUACAAUGAUUUGCAAAUCCUUUUCAACUAAUAUUCAAUUAAAUAGACUGCAAUGACAAGAAAUUAAAUGUUCAAACUGAGAAACGUAUGUUUUUUUGCAACUAAUCAUUAACUUAGAAUAUAAUGGCAGCAACAAAUUGCAAAAAAGUUGGCACGGGCAUUUUUACCACUGUGUUACAUCGCCUUUCCUUUUAACAACACUCAGUAAACGUUUGGGAACUGAGGAGAUCAAUUUUUGAAGCUUUUCAGGUGGAAUUCUUUUCCAUUCUUGCUUGAUGUACAGUUUCAUUUGUUCAACAGUCCGGGGUCUCUGUUGUCGUAUUUUACGCUUCAUAAUGCGCCACACAUUUUCAAUGGGAGACAGGUCUGUACUACAGGCAGGCCAGUCUAGUACCCGCACUUUUUUUUUUUAACUACAAAGCCACGCUGUUGUAACACGUGCAGAAAACUUGGCUUGGCAUUAUCUUGCCAAGCCAAAUAUGUUGCCAUCUGGAUGGCAACAUAUGUUGCUCUAAAACCUAUAUGUACCUUUGAGCAUUAAUGGUGCUUUCACAGAUGUGUAAGUUACCCAUACCAUCACAGAUGCUGGCUUUUGAACUUUGCGUCGACAACAGUCCGGAUGGUUAUUUUCCUCUUUGAUCCGGAGGAUACAACGUCCACAGUUUCCAAAAACAGUUUGAAAUGUGGACUGGUCAGAUCACAGAACACGUUUCCACUUUGCAUCAGUCCAUCUUUGAUGAGCUCAGGCCCAGCAAAGUCUGCGGCGUUUCUGGGUGUUGUUGAUAAAUGGCUUUGGCUUUGCAUAGUAGAGUUUUAAUUUGCACUUACAGAUUACAGCAACAAACUGUAGUUACUGACAGUUGUUUUAAAAAGUGUUCCUGAGCCCAUGUGGUGAUAUCCUUUACACACUGAUGUCGCUUUUUGAUGCAGUACCGCCUGAGGGAUGAAAGGUCACGGGCAUUCAAUGUUGGUUUUCAGUCUUGCCACUUGCGUGCAGUGAUUUUAUGAUGACAUUACGGACCGUAGAUGGUGAAAUCCCUAAAUUCCUUGCAAUAGCUCGUUGAAAAUUGUUGUGCUUAAACUGUUGGACAAUUUGCUCACCUAUUUGUUCACAAAGUGGUGACCCUCACCCCAGACUUCUUUGGGAUAAUGAUUAGCCUUUUCACCUGUGGGAUGUUCCAAAUAAGUGUUUGAUGAGCAUUUUUCAACUUUCUUAGUCUUUUUUGCCACUUGUGCCAGCUUUUUUGAAACAUGUUGCAGGCAUCAAAUUCCAUAUGAACUAAUAUUUGCAAAAAAUAACAAAGUUUACCAGUUCAAACAUUUAGUAUCUUUUUUCACAGUCUAUUCAAUUGAAUAUAGGUUAAAAAGGAUUUGCAAAUCAUUGUAUUCUGUUUUUAUUUACCAACUUCACUGGUUUUGGGUUUUAUAGAUAAAGUAUCCAACGCUCUGGGAUUUGCAGUCCUUAAGGACUUGACAGCAGCAAUCAGCAAGCAUGUUUGACGGCGUCCGGUGCAACUACCAUUUUGAUAUUUUUCUCCACAAAGUCCGCGAAUCUGUGAGUCUGGCCAUUGGAUAAAGUGAUCUGCAACGUCGCCGGGAUGAAAAGUCCAAACUUAACAUUUGGACAUGAAUGGAGCUUUUUCUUCACCAUAGCAAAGGCGGCUCGUUUCCGAGCAAAAGCCAGAGUAAAGUCGGGAAUAAUGGAAAUCCUCUUGCUAAUAUAGGAUAGCGAAAAAGCCUCACCCGCCUGUCGUAGAAUUUCCUUCCGGCCCCCAAAUAAAUUAACUCGUACGAUGAGCAUCCAAGGAGGUUCACCAUCUUUAGUUAGGGCACGCAGGGUCCGGUGAGCAUGGUCCAACAUGGGCUUGUCGUCUAGCUUCAGCACAUCUUGCAAAAACUGAGCGGUAAGCUCAGUCGGACCGGGGCCCUCACAGCCCUCAGGGAGGGAUAUUAUUCCACCUAGAGCAGCCCUCCCAAUUCAUCGCAUUUUAAGAGAGGAGAUCCGCGCUGGCAGUUAACUGUUUGAUGCUUGCACAUAGUCCGGUCAACUCGUUAUUAUUAGCAGCGAGCGAUGGCCCCACUAAGGGAAAAGAGAAUGGUUCCAUAACAGCCGCUAUCUCUCCUCUGACGAGGGAUUCAAGAUUGUCGAGGAUGUCGGCUCGUAUUUCGUCUAUGUUCGAAAUGAUGCUCCUGAUAAAUGGCCAAGUCUCUAAUGCAGGGGUAGGGAACCUAUGGCUCUAGAGCCAGAUGUGGCUCUUUUGAUGACUGCAUCUGGCUCUCGGAUAAAUCUGAGCUGACACUGCUUAACACGAUAAUUAAUGACUAAUUCCACUUGUAAUCAAAAUGUUAAAAAUAACGUUCAAAAUAUUAAACAUGCUCAUGCAUUUGAAUCCAUCCAUCCUUUCUACCGCACUUGUUCAAGAAAUUGCAUGAUUUAUUUAUUAUUGUUUUUUUUUAGGGCUUUCCCUCCUGGGGGUACUUCAGACCACCAAGCACCGACAUGAAAGCCUGUUUCAGGGUUACGCUAUUUUUUUUAUUUUUCAAUAAGUCUCUCAGUUGCUUUCCAGCAAUUGUCUUUUUCUCUUUCGUUCUCGCUCGCGCUCUGGCUCCAGCUCCAACCCUGUCUCUCCUCCCGGCUGCUGCCUAUAACAGAGCGACAGGUGAUUAGAUAACAAGGCCCAAGUGGGCCAUCUGCGCACCUGUCGCUGAUUUCGAGGCCAGUCCUGGCACACCCCGCUUCGGUGCAGGCCCGCAGGCCACGCCCCUCCACAGUUAGCUUCAGAAUAUCAACGUUAUUACAAAGAAUACGAGACCUAUUAUAUUCUAGUAAUGGUGGUCUUACUUUAAAAAUGCACACAUUUAGUUGUGUUCAGUGUUGAAAAAAAAAUGAUAUGCCUGUUACAGAAAUAAAUUUUUAAAAUAUUUUAAUUCCUGGCUCUCUCAGCCAAAAAGGUUCCCGACCCCUGCUCUAAUGGACUCUUGUAUGAUUUCUGGAUCCGGAGACGCACGAGGCUUGGAGUGGCAAAAAUAGGAGCUGCGUACGGCCCUUUAGUGAACAUUAUGCUACAGUUGAAGGGUGCAGUUAGCAAAAGGGCCAAUAUGACAUCAAAAAGGUCACAUUUCCACAGAUCCCCCGCUAAGCACGCCCUCCACUGUCCAUGCUCACCCGGAAGACCCCGGACUCUGAUUUUGUACCUUUUCGUCAUUUCCUGUUGACCAUUAUGCUUAUUGUCUUUCUCACUUGUGAACAAACGAUGGAGUGUUAUUGCAUCUGGAACUAAUUAACAAAAUACGAUGGUCUUUUUUUUUUUUUUGCAAACAUUUAUCCAAAAUCGUAAAAGACCUUCAUGGAGGUGGGAUGUAAGCUUUCAGUCGUAUACACAAAGGAGAUAUUGUUCUACAGGCCGACCGCCUUUGAGGUCUGUUUAUAUUUUUUUAGAGAUGUACGUCACGCUGCGCAAGAAGGUUUGCAGGGGGAGUACUGAGCCGGUUUAGCUUUUGCUGGUUCCUACAUACAGGAGUAUAAUUUGUGAUUUAUGUCGCCAGGUCUUCACUUUGGUGUGUGUAGUGAGAGCUGGUUCCCAUUCUUUCCUAACCUCUAAACAGUGCAUCAUUGACUUCUUUUCACAGUUAACUAAUACACUCAUAAUUCAUGCCAGGUGAUGAUCAAUGUUCACGGUUGUUGCUACUGUUUAGGUUCCCCUGUAGGUUCACAUUAUUUGUUCUUCAAACUGGGGCUCUCAUGUUCUUAUUCCAUCUAUUCAAUUUUUUUUUUAAUUGGUUUUGUUUUUAAUUGCAAAUACUUCCACCAAAUGUGAGUGAAUUUGAUAAUAGUACAAAACUGUUAGUGUAAAGUGAAUAAGCAAUAAAGAUGGAGUGGUAAACAAA